AUGGGAAGUGACCAGAAGAUGAAGAUUCAUGUGAAGGACUCCACCAUGGUCCGCCCUGCAGAACCCACCCCAGCCGAGAGGCUCUGGAACUCGAACCUAGACUUACUGGUGGCGAGAAUUCACCUCCUCACCGUCUACUUCUACAGACCAAAUGGGUCUGUCAACUUCUUUGAUUCUCGUGUUCUGAAGAACGCUCUGAGCAACGUUCUUGUCUCCUUUUACCCCAUGGCCGGAAGGUUAGGAAGAGACGAAGGGGGUCGGAUUGAGAUCAACUGUAAUGGAGAGGGUGUGUUGUUUGUUGAAGCCGAAACUGAUUCCGCCAUUGAUGACCUUGGUGAUGGCGACUUCACUCCAAGCUUGGAGCUCCGGCGGCUCAUUCCAGCUGUUGACUACUCCGGCGACAUCUCUUCCUAUCCACUGAUUGUUUUACAGGUAACCUAUUUCAAGUGUGGGGGUGUCUCUCUCGGAGCAGGGGUACACCACACUUUAUCAGAUGGUGUUUCCUCACUUCAUUUCAUCAACACGUGGUCGGACAUGGCACGCGGACUCUCCAUCGCCAUCCCACCAUUCAUUGACCGGACCCUCCUCCGUGCCCGGAACCCUCCUAGCCCGGCUUUCGACCAUGUAGAAUACCACCUGCCUCCUUCCCUAAACACCCACCUCGGAACCCCAGAACCCGAAUCAAGUCCUAAGGUUGUUUCUACAACCGUACACAAAAUCACACUUGAUCAACUCAACAAACUAAAAGCCAAAUCCAGAAACGAUGGCAACACAAAGGAGUUCAGCAGCUAUGCCAUACUAGCAGCACAUAUAUGGCGUUGUGCAGGCAAAGCACGGGGCCUCGAUCAAGAGCAAUUGACAAAGCUAUACACUGCCACAGAUGGCCGGUCCAGGUUGUGCCCUCCUCUCCCACCUGGCUACCUAGGCAAUGUUGUUUUCACCGCCACGCCCAUUGCUGUCUCCGGUGAUCUUGAAUCUGAGACAUUGUCAAACUCUGCAAAGAGAAUUCAUGACGCCUUAACAAGAAUGGACAAUGAGUAUUUGAGAUCAGCUCUGGAUUACCUGGAGGUGCAGCCUGAUAUAUCAGCUCUCGUUCGAGGGCCAAAGCAUUUCGUUAGCCCCAACCUGAACAUCAAUAGCUGGACUAGGCUGCCUGUGUAUGAUGCAGAUUUCGGGUGGGGGCGACCGAUCUUCAUGGGACCUGCAAGCAUACUAUACGAGGGUACAGUGUACAUAAUGCCAAGCCCAACCAAAGACAGGAGCUUGUCAUUGGCUGUGUGCUUGGAUGCCGACCACAUGCCACUCUUCCAGAAAUUCUUAUAUGACAUCUAG